AUGUUCAAGGUACUUUUCCUCGCCACCAUCGCCAUGGCUGCCGCAAGCCCCAGCGUGGUUCCCGCUGCAGUGGUGGCACCCGCGCCUCUAGUAGCCGCGCCCGCGCCUUUCGUGACCGCCUCCAGUUCACAGUAUAUCGCACGCAACUACAACGGAGUGGUAGCCGCGCCGCUUGUGGCUGCGCCAGCACCAUACGUUGCCCCGGCUGCGCGCUUCGUAGCCCCUGCCGCGCCCCUCGUCUCAGCCGCCGCCCCGUUGUACGCGCGCUACGCUGCUCCCUAUGUGGCUGCCCCAUACGCAGCUGCCCCUUACGCAGCUGCCCCUUACGCAGCUGCCCCUUACGUAGCAUCUCCUUACUUCGCUCCCUCCGCUCCCUUCGUCGCCCUGAAAUAA